AUGGGCGGUUGUUCAAGGCAAGCUGACCGUUUAACAUCGCUGAGUUUGUUGAAAAGGCUGAGGCAGUUUGUGUACAAGCAUUUCAACACUGCCUCCGUUGCCUCCGAGGGUGACGAGCCGAAAGGGAAUGUUGCCUUGUCUGAGUCUCUCCGAAACGCCGGGGGACCUGUUGAUAAGCUAAUCCACAAGCUACGCUCUCCCACACCCAGUGGUCAUCGCGCGGGGUCCGUCCUAACAGCACCGAAGAUAUAUCGAUGCACCGUGCAUCUCAUUCGCUUUUCUCUGCAGAUCAUAACUUUUCACCCCAAUUGCGACAAUGGCACUUCCCAGUCAGAAGAAAUACACAAGAGUGAAGUCUUUUCGCUGAGGGAAUGUUGA